AUGGCCAUGGGACGAGUCCUACUCUGCUCUCUGCUGCUCCUGUCGCUGCAGCGGGGCCUCAGCAGGGGCCCCGGUGCUCGGGGUGCUCUGGUGGCGGAGGAAGAGCUCCGAGGGACCCAGAGGACGCAGUUGGGUAAGGACUCCCGGACCCCGCGUGCCCGCCUGCGCCGAGCCCUGGCCAGCCCAUGCCAGCUGUGGAGCCUGCCCCUACCUGUGGCUGAGCUGGGUCUGGGCUACGCUUCGGAGGAGACGGUCAUCUUCCGCUACUGUGCGGGCAGCUGCCCCCGCGGCGCGCGCACCCAGCACGGCCUGACGCUGGCCCGGCUGCGGGGCCAGGGCCGAGCCCACGGCGGGCCCUGCUGCCGGCCCACCCGCUACGCCGACGUGGCCUUUCUCGACGACCGCCACCGCUGGCAGCGGCUGCCCCAGCUCUCGGCGGCUGCCUGCAGCUGCGGCGCCUAAGGACGCCUGGCCUGGGGCCCCGCGGCUCCGCGAGGAGCUCUGCGGACUUAUUUAUUGG